CCCAAGCUCCGCCCCCGUUGCCCGUAGCGGCUGUUUGUUGACUUCCGGGAGCGCGGUUGUAGUUGAUCCCCGGAGUUUCGCCAUGCGGAACUGGGGGGCUUUCGCGGCCCGCGUCGGUGCGGAGUAGCUGCCUUAGCCCCGACCAAACCGUCCUCUACAACCUCCUGGCCCAGGCGCAGGCUGCCCGUACCGCCUGUGGCAUGAGGGAGCCGGAAGAGCUGAUGCCCGAUUCGGGUGCUGUGUUUACAUUUGGGAAAAGUAAAUUUGCUGAAAAUAAUCCCGGUAAAUUCUGGUUUAAAAAUGAUGUCCCUGUACAUCUUUCAUGUGGAGAUGAACAUUCUGCUGUUGUUACCGGAAAUAAUAAACUUUACAUGUUUGGCAGUAACAACUGGGGUCAGUUAGGAUUAGGAUCAAAGUCAGCCGUCAGCAAGCCAACAUGUGUCAAAGCUCUAAAACCUGAAAAAGUGAAAUUAGCUGCCUGUGGAAGGAACCACACCCUGGUGUCAACAGAAGGAGGCAAUGUAUAUGCAACUGGUGGAAAUAAUGAAGGACAGCUGGGGCUUGGUGACACUGAAGAAAGAAACACUUUUCAUGUAAUUAGCUUUUUUACAUCCGAGCAUAAGAUUAAACAGCUGUCUGCUGGAUCUAAUACUUCAGCUGCCCUAACUGAGGAUGGAAGACUUUUUACGUGGGGUGACAAUUCCGAAGGACAAAUUGGUUUAAAAAAUGUAACUAAUGUCUGUGUCCCUCAGCAAGUGACCAUUGGGAAACCUGUCUCCUGGAUCUCUUGUGGAUAUUACCAUUCAGCUUUUGUAACAACAGAUGGUGAGCUAUACGUGUUUGGAGAACCUGAGAAUGGGAAGUUAGGUCUUCCCAAUCAGCUGCUGGGCAAUCACAGAACACCCCAGCUGGUGUCUGAAAUUCCUGAGAAGGUGAUCCAAGUAGCUUGUGGCGGAGAGCAUACUGUGGUUCUCACGGAGAAUGCUGUGUAUACCUUUGGGCUGGGACAAUUUGGUCAGCUGGGUCUUGGUACUUUUCUUUUUGAAACUUCAGAACCGAAAGUCGUUGAGAAUAUUAGGGAUCAAACAAUAAGUUAUAUUUCUUGUGGAGAAAAUCACACAGCUUUGAUAACAGAUAUCGGCCUUAUGUAUACUUUUGGAGAUGGUCGCCACGGAAAAUUAGGACUUGGACUGGAGAAUUUUACCAAUCACUUCAUUCCUACUUUGUGCUCUAAUUUUUCGAGGUUUAUAGUUAAAUUGGUUGCUUGUGGUGGAUGUCACAUGGUAGUUUUUGCUGCUCCUCGUCGUGGUGUGGCAAAAGAAAUUGAAUUCGAUGAAAUAAAUGAUACUUGCUUAUCUGUGGCGACUUUUCUGCCGUAUAGCAGUUUAACCUCAGGAAAUGUACUGCAGAGAACUCUAUCAGCACGUAUGCGGCGAAGAGAGAGGGAGAGUUCUCCAGAUUGUUUUUCAAUGAAGAGAACACUACCUCUAAUAGAAGGGACUCUUGGCCUUUCUGCUUGUUUUCCCCCGAAUUCAGUCUUUCCACGAUGUUCUGAGAGUAACCUCCAAGAGAGCGACUUAUCUGAACAGGACCUCAUGCAGCCAGAGGAACCAGAUUAUUUGCUAGAUGAAAUGACCAAAGAAGCAGAGAUAGAUAAUUCUUCAACCGUAGAAAGCCUUGGAGAAACUACUGAUAUCUUAAACAUGACACACAUCAUGAGCCUGAAUUCCAAUGAAAAGUCAUUAAAAUUAUCACCAGUUCAGAAACAAAAGAAACAACAAACAAUUGGGGAACUGACGCAGGAUACAGCUCUUACUGAAAACGAUGAUAGUGAUGAAUAUGAAGAAAUGAAAGAAGGGAAAGCAUGUAAACAACAUGUGUCACAAGGGAUUUUCAUGACGCAGCCAGCUACGACUAUCAAAGCAUUUUCAGAUGAGGAAGUAGGUAAUGACUCAGGCCAGGUGGGACCUCAGGCUGACACUGAUGGAGAGGGUUUACAAAAAGAGGUAUUUAGACAUGAAAAUAAUAAUGGUGUUGAUCAACUUGAUGCUAAGGAAAUAGAAAAGGAAAGUGAUGGAGGACACAGUCAGAAGGAAUCAGAAGCAGAAGAAAUAGACAGUGAGAAGGAAACUAAACUGGCAGAAAUAGCAGGUAUGAAGGAUUUAAGAAAAAGGGAAAAGAGUACAAAAAAUAUGAGUCCUUUCUUUGGCAACUUACCAGAUAGAGGUAUGAAUACUGAGAGUGAAGAAAAUAAAGAUUUUGUUAAGAAAAGGGAAAGUUGCAAGCAAGAUGUGGUCUUUGACAGUGAAAGAGAAUCAGUAGAAAAGCCAGACAGCUACAUGGAAGGUGCAAGUGAGAGUCAGCAGGGUAUAGCUGAUGGAAUCCAGCAGCCUGAGGCAAUAGAAUUUAGUAGUGGAGAAAAAGAGGAUGAUGAAGUGGAAACUGACCAAAACAUAUGGUACGGCAGGAAAUUGAUUGAACAAGGAAAUGAAAAAGAGACUAAACCCAUAAUAUCCAAAUCCAUGGCAAAGUAUGAUUUUAAAUGUGAUCCCUUGUCAGAGAUCCCACAGGAGAAGGAAGGAGCAGAGGAUUCAGAAGGAAAUGGAAUAGAGGAGCAAGAGGUAGAAGCAAAUGAGGAAAAUGUGAAGGUGCAUGGAGGAAGAAAGGAGGAAACAGAGAUCCUAUCAGAUGACCUUACAGACAAAGCAGAGGUGAGUGAAGGCAAGGCAAAGUCAGUGGGAGAAGCAGAGGAUGGGCCUGAAGUUAGAGGGGAUGGAACCUGUGAGGAGGGUAGUUCAGGAGCAGAACACUGGCAAGGUGAGGAGAGGGAGGAGAAGGGGGAGAAAGACAAGGGUAGAGGAGAAAUGGAGAGGCCAGGAGAGGGAGAGAAGGAAGAAUGGGAGAAGAGGGAUGGGGAAGAGCAGGAGCAAAAGGAGAGGGAGCAAGGCCAUCAGAAGGAAAGAAACCAAGAGAUGGAGGAGGGAGGGGAGGAGGAGCAUGGAGAAGGAGAAGAAGAGGAGGGAGACAGAGAAGAAGAAGAAGAGAAAGAGGAGGAGAAGGAGGGAGAAGGGAAAGAGGAAGGAGAAGAGGAAGAAGUGGAGGGAGAACAUGAAAAGGAGGAAGGAGAGAGGGAAAAGGAGGAAAGAGCGGGGAAGGAGGAGAAAGGAGAGGAGGCAGGAGACCAAGGAGACGGGGAAGAGGAGGAAACAGAGGGGGAAGGGGAGGAAAAAGAGGAGGGAGGGGAAGUAGAGGAGGGGAAAGGAGAGGGGGAAGAGGAAGAGGAGGAAGGGGAGGGGGAAGAGGAGGAAGGGGAGGGGGAAGAGGAAAAAGAAGGGGAGGGGGAAGAGGAGGAAGGAGAAGGGAAAGGGGAGGAGGAAGGGGAGGAAGGACAAGGGGAGGGGGAAGAGGAGGAAGGAGAAGGGGAGGGAGAAGAGGAGGAAGGAGAAGGGGAAGGGGAGGAGGAAGGAGAGGAAGGAGAAGGGGAAGAGGAAGAGGAGGAAGGAGAAGGUGAAGGGGAGGAAGAAGGGGAGGGGGAAGAGGAGGAAGGGGAAGGGGAAGAGGAGGGAGAAGAGGAGGAAGGAGAAGGGGAAGAGGAAGAGGAGGAAGGAGAAGAGGGGGAAGAGGAGGAAGGAGAGGGGGAAGAGGAGGAAGGGGAAGAAGAAGGGGAGGAAGAAGGAGAGGGAGAGGAAGAAAGGGAAGGAGAGGGAGAGGAAGAAAGGGAGGGAGAAGGGGAGGAAGAAGAGGAAGAAGGGGAGGUGGAAGGGGAGGAGGAAGGGGAGGUGGAAGGGGAGGAAGGAGAGGGAGAAGGAGAGGAAGAGGAAGGAGAGGAGGAAGGAGAAGAAAGGGAAAAGGAGGGGGAAGGAGAAGAAAACAGGAGGAACAGAGAAGAGGAGGAGGAAGAAGAGGGGAAGUACCAGGAGACAGGCGAAGAAGAGAAUGAAAGGCAGGAAAGGCAGGAUGGAGAAGAGUACAAAAAAGUGAGCAAAAUAAAAGGAUCUGUGAAAUAUGGCAAACGUAAAACAUAUCAAAAAAAGUCAAUUACUAACACACAGGGAAAUGGGAAAGAGCAGAGGUCCAAAAUGCCAGUCCAGGCGAAACAACUUUUAGAAAACGGGCCACCAGGUUCCAAAAAGUUCUGGAAUAAUGUAUUACCACAUUAUUUGGAAUUGAAGUAACAAACCUUAAAUGUGACCUGAUUAUGGCCAGUCAGACAAUUUAAAUGCCUUGCAUAUAACAGGCACUCAUUACGUGUUACUAAAUUGAUUUUAUGUCAGUUAUUUUAUGUGUAGUAAAAAAAAAAAGCAACUGAUGCAGCUGUGUUAAGGAGCCAAAGACAACAAGAGGCACUGGUAAAUUUUGGCCUCUCUCAAACUAAAAUUUUCGUGUAUUUCCCCCCCAAAUUAUAAAACCAUAACUAGAAAAUAUUAAAAGGUCAUAUCAGAUUAUUAACAUUAUAUAUUCAUUAAAGGCAGCUUUAGGAAAUAGGAAUAUACUACAAGAGUGUUUUGUUUGUGUAUACAAAUCAUUCCAUUUUUAAAUGGCACAGAUGCUUAAGGGCUAUAAAAACUUCUAAUUUCCUAUAAAUAUGUUAGCACUUUUUUUAAGUUAGUGAUUACAGUUUACCUACUGUAUAGAAUAAUUUUCUAAUAAUGGGUGGUAUUCUAAAACUCAACUGAGGCAUUCAACUCAACAUUUUAAAGAAAGUAUUGUCUUUUACCUUUUAUGUGUUCUUUUUGCAAAAAUCUACAAAGUGACAGCUGUGUUCAGAGCUUAGAUCCCGAAAACGUGAUCUCUUUUAGUUACUAUCUGGGCAGAUAGUAGUAUAUCUAAUGAAAUGGUGAUUAAUUUAAAUGUAUAAUCUGGAAAUAUGUAAAACUUGAAGUAUUUUUUGUCCAGGCAAAGCUACUCAUUGGGCCUCAGUUUCUUCAUCUCUAAAAUGGAGUGGAUGAGAUGAUGUGAUAACUGCAGUCCCUUCUAACUCUUAAAUUCUUUUCAUUCUCACAGAUUCACUCUAUCAUUAUUGUUAUUCGUGUAAGAAACAUUUUAGGGAGAAAAAUUACACUUUAAAAUUAAUUUAGUUUUCUAUACAGUUGUUUUCUUUACUCUUGAAAAGUUAUGACAGCUUUAACGUCUCUUGUCUUCUGUAAUUUUUUAUUUCUAAACUCCUAUCAUUUCCAAGCUUUAACUGUACUUUAUCAGAGCCUUCAUUUCCGGUAUGUGUUAUAUGCCCUCAAUGUAUUCAUUGACUGUUCUGUAAUUUCAGUUUGUCUGUUGCUUGUCAGAAUGUUUCAAGUAAAAUAAAAAAUUAAAUGUAUAUAGUCAGAAAUUCUUUGUGAAAAGAUAAACUGUCUAGUAUUAGAUAUUGAAUUUUAGAGAGGCUAGAUUUCCACUAGAGUAAUUUCAAUUGUCUCUUAAAAUUUUCCAUGUACGUAAUGCAGCUAAUUUAUCUGAUAGUUUAUUUGUGGCUCCUUUUUCAACUGAUUUCCUUUCAUAGUCCCUUUUAUAUCCUGGACAUGAGAGAUUUCUUAUACUUAGUUUUAUUAAGGAGGAUUUUGAUGAGAAACUUCCUGUGAAUUUUGUGUAGUUGAAUUCUUUGCACAUUUGAUUCUCUGAGUGAGAAAGAAUAUGAGGAAAAAGUCUAGAAUUGUAUGAAGUAAAGGAUUUCCUAGGAGCAUUUAUAAAUUUUGCCUUAGCUGCAAGGAUCUCUGGCAGCUUCCCCUAACUAACCAAAUGUACUGAUUUGGCAUUGCAGUGCUUUAUCAAAUUUGACCACAUUCAUUAAGGGAUAGUAGAAAAGAAUUAAUACUAUGAUAAAAAUAUAUGUGUCGAACAUGAUUAUUUAAAAAGUAGACUUAAAAUGAUUAAGAUGGAUGACACAGAGUUCAUAAAGAAAAAAACCUCCAGGGAAAUGAGAAACUCUUAAACUCAAGUUAUUAAUGUAAUAGCUAUGGGCAUUCAUCUUCUACUGAAGAGAUAAUCAGCCAGUAAUACUGAAACAACGUUCUAAAAUACACCCAUCUCAGUAUUAAACCUGGUCUAUAUGUCCAUGUUUAAAUAGCAUUUCUUCACAUUUCCUUGGCCAAAAACAUUUUGUGCUCUUUAGAAGUGGUAGUUCAUGCAAGCAUUGUUUUCUAGUGGAAAACACUGGCCUCCCUAGUCACUUUGAGACCAAAGCCCUUCUUCUGGUUUUGUGCUUUUGAACUGUCCGAACUUGGGCUAGUCUCUUAGCUUUGCAGUCCUCAAUUUCUUCAUCUGGAAAAUUAUAGAAUGAGAAUGAGUGACCUAAGGGAUUCUAUAGGAACAGCAGUUGUUCAUUACCAGCUAGAGCUCUGUUACAUCCAGAUUUUCUGCAAUUCCUUUUUCCUCAAUAAAAAAUCUUAAGUCUCGUCACCAAAGUGACCCCACAUUCAAACUAACUAGUAGUUAUACUAAAGUAAACUUAUCCUAAACUACUAAGCACACACUAACUUUCUGUGCCCACUGUUGGGCAAACAUUUAUUUAAUCACAUGUGGCAGGUCUAGUACCCUCAAAAAGUUUAUGGAGAGGAGUGUAUUGUGGGUUAGGGGUGGGUUGGGGUACAAAAGACCCAGGUCUAGCCAGGCUUUCAUCGACAGAAGUGAUUUACAUGUUUGUAAAUUUUAUAUAUCUUAGGAGAAAAAAAAGGAAGCUUAAGAAUGAGACCACUUUGUCCCUCAUGAAUUAACACUUGGUUACAUAGAUUAAAAUAACUGGUUCCUUCUUUAUUGUUCCCAUUUGCUGGUUGUUCAGGCUUUUAUAGUAGUUUAUUACUGAUCAUUAUUGAGGGAAGUGUGAGUAGUAUAUAUAGAAUCCACUGAGUUACAUUUCCUAAUGAGGACUCUGGCUGAAAAAGACUUUAAGCUAAGCUGCAAAGGAUUACCUACCACAGAAACUGCUGCUGCUGCCGCUGCUGAACAGCAGCAGUCAAGGUGAGUGAAACUGAAAUGUCUUCUAUUAUUUCACUAUAGAGAAACUUGCAUAGCAAAAAUAAAAUGUGACCAUGGAAGAAGGAAAGGCCAAGCUUUUCUUGUUUCUGACCUGGAGAACUGAGUAGAAAGAGUGCUAUUCAGCAAGAUCGAGAAUAAGGGAGCAGCAGCAGGUUUGGGAGACAGUUUUUUACUGUUGAUUUUAGAUUAUCUGUAGGAGAUGUUCAGGAGGCAGAUACAUGUAUGGAUCUGGAGCUCACGGAGAUUGCUGAGUAUCGCCAGCUCAUAGAUGUAGUUAAAACUGGAUUUGACUGAAAGGAAGUGUUCCUAGUGUGAAUGGAGGACAGUUGAAGACAGAAUUCAGAGAAAUGUCAGUAGGUAAGGGAGAGGUUGAGAAAGUGAAGUCUGAGAAGGACGUGUGGGAGCACACUUACUAGGAAAGAGAGAUACCACCCAGGCCAAAGAAGGGGUUUCAGAGAGGAAGGAGUGGUAGUAGCUGCAGAGAGAGCCUCUAGGAGACAGCCUAGUAGAGGGCCAGGGGCAGAACCCACAUUGCCAGGAAAGAAUGAGCUCCAGGAAAUCUGCUCUGCAGAGGAAUAGAAUCAGAACUGUGAGAAUUAAAUAUCAGGUAUAGAUAUUUAAUUUUUAAAAUAUUUAAUUUUUUAAGCAUAUUUCUCAAUUUAGGAA